UGAUUGCCUGCCUCCAGGCUCCAGUAGUAACUGACAACAACUUUACUGUUAGAGUGUUAACGUCAUUCGACUCAUUCGGCUACCUCCGUCCGUAAUAUCAAAUAUGAAUGCCGUGUUUUCGUUGUUGGUAGUCGCUAUAUUAUAGUUGAUUUUGAACUUGUGAUUUGUAUUUUGUUAUAUUUUGUUAAAACUCGAUUAUAACCAUAUCAUUAUUGUCUACUUACUAGUAUAAUCAGACCAGUAGAAAAUCCSGACUUGUAACGGUUUGAAUCAUAAUUGAAUUCGUGAUCAAAAAUAAUUCGCAUUUCAAUGAUAUUUGUCGUGCUUUAAUUGUUUGGAAAUAAAAACUGAUAGCCGUGUUCGUAAUCUGUAACUUAAUAAAAAGAUAUUGAUUUGAAUUUAAAAAUAUGGAGAGAAAGACCCGUAGGAUGAAAAUGAAGACUGUGGAAAGCUUAGUUUGUUUGGUAAAAUCAGUGGAAAAUCAACACACCACUAUUGAUUUACAAAACGAAACUUCAGUGUACGGAUUUGUUAAAGAAGUUGAUUGUGAUAUGAACGUGACUUUAUGCGAUGUUAUUGUUACCGAUCCAAAUGGUAAUCGAUAUUCUUGUGAUAAUUUCUUUUUAAAAUCAAGAUUGAUACGUUAUGUUCAUUUAUCUCAAACUAUCGAUAUAUUUCAAGCUAUGAAAGAUGUAAUUAGAAAAACCUUUCCUGCUAGAGUUAAGAAAACAAAAACGUAUUCCUUGAAGAAAAAGAAAACAUUAGCUAGACAAGAAGAACUUAAAAGGGAAGUACAAAAUAUGAAUAGUAAAGAAGGUUAUAAAUCCUAGUUACAGUAUGCUAGUAUUCAUUAUUAAUUUAAGUUUUUUUUUCAACUGUAAAUUCUUUGUAGAUAUGAUUUAAACUAUUCUUUCAAUAUAAUAUUUUAGAUUUAGAUUACAUAGUUAUACGUCAGUCAUGGUAUAUUCUGAAGAUACUAUGU